AUGCAGGCAGUAAUCGCAUUGUGCCAUUUUUGCGAAGAUCAUGGACCUCGUGUACUCGUCACAUGUCAACCCAUGCGUAGUUUGCCCAUGACUUUUUCGACUGCAAAUUCCUAUGAUAAAUUAGAGCAUUCUCCCGGUAGUAGUCAAGAAAUCGUUCGGCACAUUCGCCAAGACUCUUCAGUUAAGGAGCCGGACAAGGGCGAACCUAUAUUUUAUGGAGAUUGUACUCGCUCUGUUUUCGACACCGAAGAGAGAUGUAAUGCUUGCACUUCCUACGGAAAUGGUCCAUGCUUACUAUCAAACGACCACCCAAACAAAACAACAUAUAUUAGCUCACAGAUCGCGUUGAAAGAUCAAGUUUUUGAUCGCGUCAAAGUGGCGUGCGUUAGGAGUCUUAGUUGCGAGAUAACGAAUGCCGCCCGUGAAACAAUUAAUAAUGUAACACAGCCUAUGCGAAUUGGAGGUCCAGUCAAUACAGAUUCUGAAACUCUAGAUAUGGAAAAUGUGAAAAAGAAAGACGGGUAUCUUAUGUUUGGUGAUGCUGACCAGGGCUACUGCUUAUCUUUCGCUUUUAGAUUGCAAGAUGCUAAAGCUCGCGGUUUCCUUCGAUUAUUUUCCCUACUCAUCUUGACACAAGAUAUGGCUUCCAUGACUACAAACCAUGACUUCUACCUAGAAGCAUUGAGGAUAAUGAAGGACAAACUGCAGGAUUUGGCAGCUGUACAUUACCAAGUAGAAAUGAAAGAAAUGGACACGAUUGCUCGACCUGAUCAUGCUAGCAUGAGUUGUCGCAUACCUCAACAGCAAUUGUUCUAUCCGCGCAAGAUAAUCAUUGAUACAAAUCGAAAUUUACAAACGAUAACAGGCAAUGAUAACAUAUGGGGAAUGCUUCACAAGCAGAUGAUGUGGACGUUGAGAACCCAAACCCUGCGUUACAUGGAUCAGGUAAUGGAGGGUGUCCCAACGCAGGAUAUGCUGGUCAUGAUGGAAAUGGAGCACUCAGACAUUGCGGAAUUGGAUCUGGACCAACCUAACCAAGCUGAGAUUACGCACCAACAGCUCGGUAAUCUCAAAAUAAUUGCUCGUGCUUUUGCUGAGUACGAAAUUAAGGAUUUGGAUCUCUUAGUUAGACAAGUCAUCACAGGAAGACAGCUCGUCGUUGAAAGUGAUCACCAGAUUUCGGCGAAACAGUUUAUUCUUGCGCUUACGAAUCUUCUCCCUAUAGGAUGUUUGCGCAUCAAUACCUGCGCAGAUCAGCAUUACCAGUCGUUUCUAUACAACAUGUUGGGAACUACUGUUCCUAUUCAUAUUCCUAGUAAUGAGGAUGUGCUUGUGAUACGUGUAACAGCGAAUGGCGAGCCUUCUUGGUCAAUGCACAAUUACCAGCACUGCUCCAACGUUAUAAGCAAUUGUUAUUGGGUCAGUUUAGUUGGCAACUCAAGGAAUGCGAUUUGUCUUCGAAUAAAGAAAUCAACAUCCAUUGUCUGGACGCGACUUUGA